AAGAUGGCGACCAUCAACUUUAUCCGACUUUCGUCAAGAGGUGUCAAUCGGCUGUUGAUGCCGCAGUUUGUAACGGGCCAGUUGAGUCAGACAUCUAUAGCUGCAGCAAAUAAACGCAGCUUAAUGCUCACUCCUGUACAAAACAAAAGAUUAUAUGGACCAGAUUUUGCAGCACCAUCUGCUAUCAGCCACUGGAAAAUUGAAAGGGCUCUAGCUGUUAGUUUGAUAGCUGUGAUACCAGCGUGUAUCUAUUUACAAAGUCCCAUAACUGACUACAUGUUAACUUGUGGUGUAUGGCUUCAUGCCCAUUGGCACACCAGGGAAGUGAUGACUGAUUAUAUCCAUGGAGAGACAUUUCCCAAGAUUAUGGGAUCAAUUUGGUAUGCACUGUCAGCCACUGCAUUUUUCGGUCUUUGUUACUUCAACUACAAUGACAUAGGAUUGGGAAAAGCCAUCGCACUUCUCUGGACAGUUAACAAAUAAACUAUGAACUGACUGUUACUUCAGUUUAGUUUAUCAAUAUAAGUGGAUAUUCUGAAUUGUGUUGAAAUCCCUUACAAAAAAGUUUUUUGAAAAUGUUUUUUGAAAUGGAAUUUAAAAACAUAAAAGGUACAUCUUGUCUUUUUCAGUAAAACUGUAUCUUGAGUGUCAACUCAUAUUUUGGUUUUUAAUCCCAGUAUCCUUGGUUUCUGAGAUACCAACAUUUUUUGUGAGGGAUUUAAAGGCAUGAUGAAACGACUAAAUAAUUCACUGUAUGAGUUCCAGCAAAUGGAGGGCCUGAAUUGUUGCCAAAUUGUAUCCAUUGUUAUACAUUAUAGUAGUGAAUUUAAUACUGUAUUGUACAAUGUAUUUGUCGUGAAAAAUAACUUAUUAUCAUCAUUUGUUUCAUGUUAUGCUUGUAGUCUCCAUCUCCAUUGAUAAAAUAACUAUACAACAGAAGAUUUAAUCCCUGUAUGUAGAUGUUGUACUUUAUGCUUGAAAAUAUGUUGUGAAAUAAACCUUCUUUUCCCAACAGCUAGUCUUGCAUCAAGCCCUUUUCUUCUUCCUUUCAAUCAUGUUGUGAAAAAAUUAUCAUAAUAAUAUUCAACCAAAAAAUGUAAAAAACUUUCUAGGUUCAUCAAUUGAAUUGACAUAAUGUUUACUGAUAUUCCACUUGCCAAAUAGUUAAUUACUAUGAAUUAGAUAUUUGAAAACACAUUUCAUUUGUUAAUAUAUUAUACUGCAUUUGAGAAAGAAAAAUGUAGACUGUACAAA